AUGGAAGAAAAAGAAACGAACAUUGAAAAGUGUCAAUGUUAUUAUGAAAUAUUAGGAGUUGAAAAAAAUGCAACAAUUGAAAAUAUAAAAAAAAAUUAUAAAAAAUUAAUUUUAAAUUACCAUCCUGAUAAAAAUUCACAUUGUUCUGAAGAAGAAUUAAAAAAGUAUACGCAUAUUUUUAGAAAAAUUCAAGAAUCUUAUGAGUGUUUAAUUGAUGAAAAAAGACGGAAAUGGUAUGAUAUUAAUCGCAAUAAAAUUAUAAAAGGGGGAGAAGAAAAAGAAGAAAAUCAAACUAACUCAUAUAGCAAUUAUAAAAUUAAUAUAAACAUAUGGGGGUAUUUUAAUAAUAACUGUUUUAAUGGAUACGAUGAUAAUUGUGAAAAAAGUUUUUAUAAUGUUUAUAGAAAAUUAUUUGAAGAUAUUAUAAAAGAAGAAAAUGAAGAAUUAAUAAAAAUAAAUAAAAAUAAUAAAGAUAAUAAAAUUAAUGCUCCAAGUUUUGGUAAUUCUAAAACACAUGGGAAAGAUAUUGAUGAAUUUUAUGAAUAUUGGAAUAAUUUUAGUACUAUCAAAAAAUUUGAUUUUUUUAAUGAACAUUUAAAAUCAUAUGAAUUUGAAAAUAGACAUACACGAAGAAAUUUAAAAAAAGAAAGUGAAAAAAAAAGUAUAAAAGAACGAAAAAAUUAUAAUGAAAAUAUAAGAUCAUUAGUACAGCAUUUAAAGCAAUAUGAUAUUAGAUAUUUAAAUAGAAUUGUAGAAAUUGGAGAAGAAAAAAGAAAAAAAAAUGAAGAAAAAGAAAAAAAAAGAAAACAACAAUUAUUAGAAAAAAAAUUAAUGUUUGAAGAAAAUAAAAAGAAAUGGGAAGAAGAACAAGCAGGAUAUUAUGAUGAAGAAAUGUUGGAUCAUAAUGAAAAUAAAAGAGAAUUUAUUUUUAAAAAUGAUAAAAAUAAUAACCACUUUGAAUAUUCUCAAAAUUAUUAUGAAAGCUCUGGAAAUGAAUAUUCAAAAUAUGAUUCAAAUGUGAACAGAAAUGAUCAUAUAGAUCAUCUUGAUUCUGAAAAUGUCGUAAAAGAAAAUAUUAUUUAUCGAUGUGAAGUGUGUAAAAAAAAUUUUAAAAGUAUGAAACAUUAUAAUUCACAUGAGAAAUCCAAAAAACAUAUAUCAAACUUUUUGAAAAAUACAAAAAAUUAUAAUUUGAAUGAUAUAUUUGGGGAUAUUGGAAAUGCAAAAAUAACAGAUGAAGAAAUCAAGGUGCAAAAAAAAAAAAAAAAAAAAAAAAAAAAAAAAAAAAAAAAAAAUCCCCAAACUUUUAAUAAUAUAGAAAAUAGUGAAAACUCUUCGUCCAUAAAUUUAAUGACAAAUGAUGAUUAUUUAUACAAAUACGCGAGUAAUAAAAAAAAAAAUAAAUUAAAAUUUUUGGAUGAAGAAGACAUUGUAAAAGAUAAUAAUUCUUUAAGUAGUUCGGAUGAUAAAAAAAAAAAAAAAAAAAAAAAAAAAAAAAUUGAAAAAGCUGAGAAAAAUAAAGACCAAUUUAAUAAUUUUGAAGAUGUGGAUAUAACAAAAUGUAAGAAUAAUCCUACAAAUAUUACAACAAAUGAUAAUUCUAAAAAUUUUAAAUGUCAAAUAUGCAACCAAACUUUUGAUUCAAGAAAUAAAUUAUUUGAGCAUAUAAAAGCAGAGGGUCAUAUGGCUAAUCAAAUUUAUGUAACACCCUCUAAAACAAAAAAAAAAAAAAAAAAGGAGAAUAAAUAA